AUGCCCAAUUCCACUAUGAAGAUGGAAUUUUUACUGAUGGGGUUUUCUGAUAUUUGGGAACUACGGAUUUUUUGUGCAUCAUCAUUCUCUCUGAUGUAUUUGGUGACUCUCAUAGGGAAUUUUCUCAUUGUUAUCAUCACCACACUAGACAAGAGUCUUCACAUCCCCAUGUACUUCUUUCUCAGAAAUCUGUCCAUCUUAGAUAUUUGUUACAUUUCUGUAACAGUCCCUAAUUCAUUUAUCAAUGCCCUGCUUGACAGCCAUACCAUUUCAAAGGCAGGAUGUGUAGGUCAGGUCUUCUUUGUGAUUUACUUUGCAUAUGUGGAGCUAGUGUUCCUCACCAUCAUGGCCCAUGACCGCUAUGUGGCCAUCUGCCAGCCUCUCCACUACUCUGUGAUUAUGAACCCUCGGCUCUGUGUCCAGAUGACACUGGCUUCCAUCCUCAGUGGUCUGGUCUACUCAGGAUUCCACACAGGCUACACCUUCAGACUGCCCUUUUGUCAUUCUAAUGUUAUUCAUCAGUUUUUCUGUGACAUCCCCUCUCUGUUGAAGCUCUCCUGCUCUGACACCUUCAGCAAUAAGAUGACACUCCUUGCUUCUGGUGUGAUAUUUUGUGGAGGUUGUUUCGUCUUCAUCAUCAGGUCUUAUAUUUACAUAUUUUCUGCUGUGCUGAAGUUUCCACGUGGAGAAGACAGAAAAAAGGCCUUUUCCACUUGCAUCCCUCAUAUCCUCGUGGUGUCCAUCUUCCUCAGCUCAAUCUUCUAUGUGUACCUAAGGCCAUCGGCAGUCUCUGCAACCAUCCAGGAUAUGGUCCUUUCUGCGUCCUAUACCAUAAUCCCCCCUCUCUUGAACCCGAUUAUCUAUAGUCUUAGAAAUGAACAAAUAAAGUGUGCCAUUAAGAAAAUCAUGAAAAAAUAUUUUAAUCAGGAAAUUCAUAGAAAAUUGUGUAAGCUCACCCUAAAUUAUUAG